GUGGCGCCGUUCUGACUUUGUGUUCUCCGCUCAAGUUCUUUGGCUCGAGCAUGCCCGCAGGGGUUCCUGCGGCCUCGCCCGAGUUCUUUCUCCCUUGCUCCCCGCGCGGCAGCAGCGCGGGCAAUUCCGACAGUUCGGGCGGCUCUUCGUGGGAGCUGGUCGAGCUGGAGCCCCCCGACGAUUGGCAGGUGCCGGACCUGCCGCCGAGUGCGCUGGAGAGCGCCGACGAGACGGCUCGUUUCGGGUGCUGGCCGUUCGGGCCCCUGGUGCGGUCGCUCUUCUCGCUGGUGAGUGAUCCGAUCGUGGAGCAGGAUUCGGUUGACGAGCCCGAGGGUCUCGAGAUCCAGAUGCCAGUGGAGCCAUGGUCUCGCCGCUUCUACCGCCCGAGUGCGACCGACGGUGUGGAGGUGCAGUUGGUGCGCCGCAAGAGCGGCAAUGCGUGGGCCGUCAUCGGCCCGGACUUGACUCUCGGCCUGAUCUGCAUCGCGGCGAAGACGCCUAUCUUCACGGACCCAGUGGCGGGGAUCCGUGGUCCGCAGGCGAUGGCGGUGAACGUCCUGUAUGCCGUUUUCAGCUCGGGGGCUUCAUCACUCAAGACGCUGAGGUGGUCUUUGAGGAGUCCCAAGCGUUUCCUGGGUGUGCUGGCCGGGUUGUUCGCAUUGUACGAGCUGCUGGUGUUGCUGGGCGUGAUCGAGUAUAUGAAGGAGGUCUGGGUGUACACGAUCAGCUACAUGGUCACGGCCAAGGACGCGUUCGUGGAGAGCUCGGAGGUCGUCCAGGAGUGGGCCACCUACCUGUGGGAGUGGAAGGAGUGGGCUCAGAAGCUCAUGCCUCUUCAGCGGUGGUUUACGAUGUUAUUGGCCCUGAUCCUUCUGACCCUCUGGGCGGCCCACGAGUGGUCGGACAGUGGGGGGCGCGGAGAGUCUUCGAUUGGGUCCUCAAGCUCUUCGAGUGUGGACGUGCCCGUCGGUUCGACUGCUUCGGUGCCUCCGCCCUUGCCGCCGCCUGGCUAUCCUUCAAGUGGAGAGAGUGCUGCGUUGGCGGGCCAGCUGAACGAUCUCGUGGAGUCCCAGAAGGGCAUGAUGGAAGAGAUCAGCGAGACCAGGACCGCCGAGAGGACGAGGGAGUUGCGUCGAGACGUACUCGAAGCUUCCCUGGAUUCGCGCGGUCGCGCGGACGCCGAGGCCAACAAGCAGGUGAUCGAGGGCGCGAUUGCGCGUCUGGAUCGGCUCGAGGCUCGUCUGAAGGGAGAGGCCCCUGCGGAGGCUGGAGCUGGCGAGCAUGGGGCUGCGAUCGAGGGGGCGAGCUCUUCGGCUUCUGCAGUCGCCGUGCUCGGGUCGCCCGCGAAGAGUGCCCCCACGGCGUUGAUGGAGACGCCCGAGAAGCGGGCCGCCACGUCUCAGCCAGAGGCCGUCGAGCUGGCCAUCAAGCGGAUGCGCUUCAAGGCUCAGUUGCCGCAGCAGGUGUUCAUGGAGCAGCUGGGCGAGCACAGGGAGAUCGAGCCCGAAGAGUGGAACAGCCGCAUGCCCGAGUGUUACCGCCAGCGGAUCUCGGCCGAGGCGCUGUCGCAGAUCUACUCGUCAGGAAAGACGGCCGAGGCCUGGGCGCGGGACUUCAUUUGGGACCGCGGCCUGAGCGACUGCAACACGGCGCGGGAGAUGAUCGCGGCCUUCGCCGCGGUGGACACGACGCAAAAGACCGAUCGUCCCAGGGGGCUCCUCAACCUGGUGAGCUUCGAGCGGCCGGUGCGAAAGGGCUACGCCAUUGUGAGGGCCUACCGCAGCGUGAACAGCCGCGACGACUGGAGCCGCCCCAAGGAUGCCAAUAACUGGAAGUCGAAGGUGGACUGGGAGGCGGCGCGUCGCUUGGACCCUCAGCUCGCCGACGAGAGCACUAUUCGGCUGAUGAGCGCCGAGGAAGAGAUGAGGAAGGCCAUGGGUCGCGACGCGCAGCUGACGAAGGCGCGCCCCGACCUGGACGGGGGCGCGGUGGUGCUGUUCGCUCGCCUGGAGCGCCCCGCUUCGACUUCUCGUCGGGUGCUGUCGCGCUGGAAGGAGGAGAUGGAGCUGGUGGAGACGGCGAACCGUUCUCUCUUGGCGCUGCGCCAGCUCUACCGUGGGAGUCUGGACGACAGUCUACUGGGCCUGGCCGACUGCUGGGGCCAGGGGAUUGCGCCCGACAACUUGGACGGGGACCUCUCUCGGCGGGUGCUGGGAGAAGUUCGUCGCCAGUCGCCGCCGUCGACUACGCCCUCACAAGGGGCCGCGCUUCUGCGGCUGCGCCCUGCCGCCACUGCGGCGGGCAAUCAGUCCCAGUCCACCUUCAAACAGAGGGCGGCCGAACUUCGGAGGAGGAGUGCUGGCGGAAGUGGACGGCUGCCGGACAGGGGCGAGACGUUUCCAGCUCAAUGGGACCGAGUUGUCCUACCUCCCCCGGGGACCAGAUUUAUGAGUGCGAGGUCUGCGUCGCCUCGCGUGGCACAGAAGUUGGAGAUGCUCAAGGAGGGGAUGUUGAGAGAGGAUGGCGAGGCUUGUGUUCAGGCCUGCGAGAUACGCAACUACGUGGACCCGCAUUUCCGCGAGAAAAAGGAAAUAUUGCAGCUGGCCCGAAGGAUGGUUUUGGCGAGGAUGCUGUGCCGCACUGCAGUGAAGGUGGACGAGGUCGGGCUCUUUUGCGCCAUGAAGAAGGCGGAGCUUGUGGGGAGCGAGCCCGAGGUGACGCUGAGGCUGGUGUUCGACCAGAGGCGCUCCAACAUGCGAUGGCGGUCUCCCCCGUGGUGCGCCAUGGGCGGCGUCAGUGCGAUGUCCGAGGAGAUGAAGGAGGAUGGCGUGACCAUGCGCUUCGGCACGGGCGACCUUCCCGACUUCUACUACACGCUGGAGCUGGGGGAGGAGCUGGCGCCGUACUUCUUGCUGCCCAGCGUGUCUGGGGAUGCGCUGGACGACGCGCUGCUUCCCGAAGGCUCGUCUCUGCCUGGGGGCGGGCCCUACGUCGGAGUGAAGGUUGCGUUGAUGGGCUUCUCCUGGGCGUGCUGGAUGGCUCAGACGACCAUGGAGGACAUCUUCAAUACUGGGCCCCAGUUCGGGCUUUCCUCUCUUUCAGACGGCCAGCGUCUGGCCAAAGGCGGGCCUUUACCCCAUCUCAGUCGGGAUCUACCUGCUGCACAUUACGAGUACAUCGACGACUUUAGCAUCAUGGGCCUGGACUUCCCGACGCAGCCUGGCGAGGAGGCGGCGACGACGGUGGAGGAGAUCUGGCUCGGUGCCAAGGAGUUGGUGGUUUCCGCGGGCUUCAAGGUGCACAAGGAUGCUUGCUCGGCGGACGCUCGUAUGAUCGGUGGCGGUAUUCGGGGGGCUCGUCUGGCACCGAACCAGGACAAGAUGCGGCUGGCGAUCCUGAUCCACAAGUGGGAUCUACCCGACACCGUCGCGCGGAUCGUUGGCAUCCUGUCCUGGGGCUUCCUGGUCUGCCGUGGUGCUUUGAGCGUCUUCGCGGACGUGCACUCGCGUUGCAUGGAGUUCCGGGGUGGAGCCCGGCGCGAGGUCCCGCGGGAAGUGCUGAAGGAGUUGGCUGCGGCCGCGGCGCUGGCGCCGCUGAUCUCGGUGGACCUCUCGACGCCCUGGGGCCCAAUGGUGAUGAUGUUCGACGCGAGCCUCUACGGUGGUGCGCCCAUUUAUACUGUGGCCACGGUGGAUGAGCAGCGUCGAGAGGCACGAUAUGCAGUUCGAGGAGGCUGGACCGUUUGGACGGGCAUUUCCUCGUCCUGGGCGGCGGACGCCUGGUGCGAGGGGGAGGCCUUCAGACGCGUGGGCACCGACGUGGAGUUGGGCACCCGGAUCCGAGUUCCGCCUGUGCACGAGUGCUGGGACGACAUCGCUCGGUGGAAGGAGGUCGUGCGCCGGCGCUGGGAGGAGAAGGAGCACAUCAACCUGCUGGAGAUGCGCGCGGGGGUGGCCGCAGCGGGGCACUCGGCCCGCACCCGUGCGAGCUGGGGGACGAGGCACCUACGCAUCACGGGCUCUAUGGUCUGCCUCGGCGGCUUCAGCAAGGGCAGAUCGGCCAGUCGGCCCAUUCUGAUUUUGUGCAGGAGAAUGGCCGCCCUCGACCUCGGGCGCGGCAUGCGGGAGUACUGGCGCUGGGUGCCGUCGGACCGCAACCACAGCGACGGGCCGAGCCGAGGUUUUCCGAGUGGCCAGGCCCCGAAGGAGCGGAGGACGGACGAGCUGGCGUUGCCGGAGAAGGUGGCUUCGAGGAUCGAGGCCCUGGCGGAUUUGGCGGAGGUGGACCCAUUCCAGCCGCUCAGGAUGGGCGUCUCGAUCCCGGUGAAGGUGCUGCGCUUCGUCCACCUCUGCAGCGGCCACACGCGCAUCGGGGUCCUGGAGGACUGGCUGCUCAGGAUCGCGGGCUCGCGGGGCUACCUGAUGAUCUGCACCGACGUGGACAUCGGCUUCGGGGCGGAGUUCGACUGA